UGUUCAUGUUGCUUGGGUUCAUCCCCAAAACAUGAAUCAUAUUCUUAGAUCAAUAAGUUAAACUUUAUCACAAACCCAGAAAAAAUUCACACUAUCAGAAUAAAAACUUCAACCCAAAACUUCCUUAUCAAAAGCCAAUUCCCCCAAUCCUUCUAAAACGUUCUCCAAGCUUCCCCUCUCUUCCAAAACUCAAAGCUUCCUAUCUCUCUUCCAAAACACGGAGAUCUCUCUCUUUCAAACCAUGUUCAUGGCCGAAAGUUUCGAGCCCUACCUCCUUGCACAUUGCCACCGCCACCACGACAAAUGGUUGUGGUGCUUUUUUUUUUUUUUUUUUUUUUCUUUCUCUAACUGACCCAUUCUCUUUAUCUAUUGAUUUUGCUCAAACCCAAACCCAAGUGCCUCAAGCUCCUCGCUCAUAUCGGUUCUUUGCUCUCUCUCUCGACGGUGGAUCAAUUUUCAUUUUCCCCUCUUUCUCGGCAGUCGGCUCUCGAUCUCUCUCUUAGCUCUUUUUCAGUUUUCUAUCUUUCUCUCUUUUUCCUAUAUGGGUUUGAUUUGGGUUAAAGAGAGAGAAUGAAGGCAUAUCGGUAGUAAGGUAAUGGAGGGGCUUAGAUCGACGGUGGAGACUAGCGAUGGAGGUGGAGAAAGACAGACUCAGCUCGGUGGAGGUGGAGAUCAAUGGUGUUGGUUGGGUUUUAUGGGUCUGGGUGGCGGUGGUCAGCUGGGCUCAGAGGUGGUGGGUAGAUCUGGAUUUUUUGGCCAUUGGUGGGGUUUGAAGGUGGUGAAUCAGUGGUGUGUUUGGUUGAGUUUUGAUGUUUGGUGUUUGGUUGGUUGGGUUCGAUAGAGAUGUUUUAGUAUUUUGGUUGAGAUGUUGUGUGUUUGGUAUUUUUGUGAUUGUUGGGUUUUGGUCUCAUUUGAAGAUUGCUACGUGUUUUGCAUGUUUGGUUGCUAAAAAAAUGCAUGAAGAGAAACAAUGGGUGAAUCUUUUAAAUCUGGACACACACGAAGAAACUCUAAUGUCAUACCACGACGAAGAGUGCGCUCGCUAUCUCCAAAACGUUGAUCAACUUGCCCCGAUAAGCGGCCAAUCCGGUUCCGAAAUCGAAGAAGAAGAAGAGCAUUGCAAGCGGAGGAGAAGCUUGAACGUCGAACGUAGUGGGAAGCGUCGAAGGCUCGCGAGAUAAUGAGUGGAAUCGGAGUGAAAUCGACGGUCUCUUUUUUUCCUAUUUAUUUGCAUGGAAGCUUGGACCAACGAGGGUGACCGUUAUAUCUGAGGACAACUUAUUUGAAGCAUACAUUAGGAGAUAUGCAGAGCAGAGAAUCAGGAUUAGCAAAUGUUGGUGGGCACUGUCAAGGAAGACCUGUAUUUGGAUACAGCUUUGGCUCAACUUUUUGUGGACUAGGAUCUCCAUACAGUUUCAUAUUACAGGCUGCUGGUUGGUCGUGUACAUGGGAUUUCAGAAGCUUGCAUUACAUAAAUGCUGGACUUCAGAAUGGCUCACUUUUGGUGUUUGAUAUGCGCCAAACUGUUGGGCCAGUUAAUUCCCUGAAUGGUCUGACACGCAACCCAGUGCAUAUGGCAGACUCAAUUUUACAUAGUUCAACUCUUACUUCCAGUGUUAGUUCUGUACUAUCUGCUUCAUCGAUUUGUCUGUAUCAGUGGAACUUUGAUGGUGCUGAAGAAUAGUAGGCCUGUCUCAAUGUUAGUUCUGUACAAAUCUGCUUUAUCUUUAAGCCAUUUGGAUAAAUUCUUGAAUCCUUGAUAUCCUUUUAUUAUUCAUUUCGAUUUGCACCUUGGUUUAGAUCAAAAUGGGUUACUUAUUGAUGCA